UUCUCUAUUACAUAUUCAUUAUUGGAACGAAGCGUAUAGCUUGUGCACUGUCACUCGCAGCUCGCCUGUCAUUGCAUUCUCCAGACAAGCGCGAUCGUCCCGAACGAAUCAGCAAACAUGCCGUGCCCUUUUCUGGCCAGAAUUUCUCCGAACUUUGUUCGCAACCAUGGAACUUCGCUCAUUAUGAACUACAAACAGCAUUGCCCUGUGAUGUCGAAAUUAGUAAAUAAUGUGGCUUACUCAUCUGAGGUUUCACCAGCUGUACCUGAUGAACACGCGUCUGAACUUAGCAAGAGUAAGUGUCCAUUUCUGUCUAAGGAGCCCGAUGCAGUGAAGAAGGCAAGCAGCGCUGUUCAGGAUGAUAUUAUUGACCUUGCUCAGAAGUCAAAAAGUCAAAAUACUUUUCCCUAUGAAAGCUUCUUCCACGAGCAAAUUAUGCAAAAAAAGAAGGAUCACUCAUACAGGGUGUUCAAAAAAGUUAAUCGGUUAGCUCAAGAAUUUCCAACCGCUGUUGAAUAUAGUAAAGGAGAAAUACCCAUAACCGUGUGGUGUUCAAAUGACUAUCUUGGAAUGUCUAGACACCCCAAUGUAAUUAAUGCUGCAACAGAAGCACUGCAUAAGUUUGGUGCUGGUGCAGGAGGUACUAGAAACAUAUCUGGCAAUUCAAUGGGACAUGAAAAAUUAGAAAAUCGAUUGGCGGAACUUCACCAAAAAGAAUCUGGCCUUCUCUUUACUUCUUGUUUUGUUGCUAAUGACUCUACACUGUAUACUUUAGCGAAACUUCUACCGGGCUGUCAUAUCUUUUCUGACUCUGGAAAUCAUGCAUCUAUGAUUCAAGGAAUUAGGAAUAGUCAAGUUCCAAAGCAUAUAUUUAGACACAAUGAUGUUGAACAUCUAGAAGAAUUAUUAUCCAAGGUUGACAAAAGUAUACCUAAAAUUGUAGCUUUUGAGACAGUGCAUUCCAUGACUGGAGAUAUAUCUCCACAUGAAAAAUUAUGUGAUGUUGCUCAUAAAUAUGGUGCAUUGACUUUUGUUGAUGAAGUCCAUGCCGUUGGUCUUUAUGGGUUAUCUGGUGCUGGCAUCGGUGAAAGAGAUUACUCACUUCAUAAAAUGGAUAUAAUUUCGGGUACCUUGGGAAAAGCUUUUGGAAAUGUAGGCGGAUACAUUGUUGGAACAGCAAAAUUGAUUGAUAUGAUCAGAAGUUAUGCUGCUGGUUUUAUCUUUACCACUUCUCUUCCUCCUACAAUUUUAUAUGGAGCUUUAGCAUCUAUAAAUACACUAGCAUCUGAAGAAGGACGAGCUUUGCGGGCUGCUCAUCAAAAUGCAGUAUCGUACAUGAAAUCAUCCCUUAAAGCAGCUGGAAUUCCAGCUUUACCUUCAGAUUCUCAUAUUAUUCCUAUAAAAAUUGGAGAUCCUCUAUUAUGUACGAAAAUUGCUGAUGGUCUAUUGAGAGAUAAAGGACACUAUGUACAAGCAAUUAAUUAUCCUACUGUUCCAAAGGGAGAAGAGAGAUUGCGAUUGGCUCCAACACCCGAACACACUACAGAAAUGAUGGAUAGAUUUGUUUCAGAUACUCUAAAUAUUUUUGAAACUUUGAAUAUACCUAAAAUGGAAUUGAUGGAAUCAUCAACUAUGGCUGCAAGGGCUAUAAGAGCAAAUUGAUAUUUAUAAUGACGUUAACUGGUAUUUGUUGUCAAAUAAAAAAGUUAGAGAGUUUAUUUUUGUUAUGAAAUGGAUACUGGUAAAGUUAUUACAUCACAAAAAUCACGUAUAUGAAUUAUAUAUUAUUCCCACUGAAUGUAUAACUAUUUGGGGUUUAACUAUAGCACUCCUAUAUAAUUACUUUUAUGUUAAAUUUAUAUUAUUUAGAAAGGUUUCAGGAAAAUCUGAAAAGCACAUAUAUAUAUUUUUUUUUAAAUGGAUCAGGCAAUAAAGUAUAACAUAAAUAAAGUA